AUGAAUAAUUUAAAAUCCAAAAAUUCUGCUCCCUUAGACAAACCAUAAAAAUAUCCUAAUUCAGACAUUUUAAGUAUUCCCAUGCAUCAAAUGAGAAUUGAUAUAAAUAAUAAUAAUAAAAACAGAUUAGAUUCACAAUAAUCCUCUAAAAAUUUAGAAAUACUAAGAUAGAGUCAUUAAAGCAGUACUAGUAAUUUAAGACUUGAUAAUCCCCUCAACAAAUCAAGUGAAAAUUUAAUUAAAAAAACUCCUACUAGAACUAAAGUUUGUACUUCAAUUGAUAAAAUACCUUAUCCAUUAUAAAAUAAUUUCUCUUUAAGUCCUCAUAGUGCCUUUAUAAAACCCUAAUUAAAAUAAGAAGAUGAUUAAUAAAAUAUUAUAAGUUUUUGUCAUUAGAAAUCAAAUCUAAUAAUAGAUCACAGGAAAGAAUAAAUUAUAUUGCAAUUAUAAUAAGCUUAGUAAUUAUUAGUAUUAAAAGAAUAAGAAAACUAAAAAUUAUAAGAAAUUAAUAAAAGAUUGUAUGAAGAAAAUUAAAAAUUAUAUAAUUAAGGUGAUGAUAUGCUCAAAGAUAUUGAAACUAUGAGAUAAAAUUUUGAUUAGUAAAAUAAUGAAUAUAUGAUGUUAAAAUAAUAAAACUAAUAAUUAAUAGAAGAUGUAAAAUUGAUUUAAAAUGAAAGAAAUUAGACUUAAUCUCAUAGUGAUUAGAUUUUGAAUCUAAAAAAUUAUGAAAUUUAAUAACUUUAAAAUGAGUUAAGAGAAUAUCAACAAUUAUUAUAAAAUAAAGAUUAAACAAUAUCAAAUUUAAAAUAAAAACUUGAUAUUGUUGAAUAAUAGGAAAUUUGUAGAUAGAAUCUUAAAUAAAGUUAAAAAAGUUCUGAAAAAUCUUAUCUUAAUAACAAUAAUUAAUAAAUUGAAACUACAUAAAAGAUACAAAAUUAAGAUUUAAAUUCAAAAGGAUCCUAAAUGCAAUCAGAUAUUUAAUAUUACCAAAUAUAGUUAGAAUAAAUUUCAUCUGAAAAAGACAUUUGUGAAUAAAAAUUGGUAGAAUUGUAAACAAUAAUUAAUUAAUUUGUUUUAAAUGAAAAAUAAUAAAAUAUCACUUCCAAUUCAAAUGGAAAUGUAAUUUAUUAAAAAUAAUAUAACAAAUUAAAAUAAAUAGUACAAAUUUAAAAAAAAUAAAUUGAAUCUUAAUAAAAGACAAUCAUGAAUUAACAUUAUGAAAUUUAAAAUCUUUAAAAUUUACUUUAUUCUAUUGAAUAGGAUUGUUCAUCUUAAAAAAAUAGUAACAUAUUCUAUGAAAAAUUUUCCAUUUAAUAACCUAAUAUGUAUUUAUAAUUAAAUGAUUAAGUAGAUGUGAUAUUGGCUAAAAGGAAUCUAAUGAAAGAGAGCCUAUAGAUAAAAUAGGUUUAUAGCGUAUUUUGUUUAAAUAGCAGCAAGAUUCAAAUGUUGUUGUGGAGGAUACUUUUAGAAAUAUGUAAAAAGAAUAAGAACUAUUCACUUCUACUUAUGAUUAAUGA